AUGGCGGCAUACAAAACUAGUACCGAGGCUGUCGACCAGAAGGACUCUCUCGAAGGCCCCGGUCGAGUCGCCGAGCAUGUCGAAAUAACCCAAACCAUCAGCUGGACCGCGGAAGAGGAAAAGAAGCUCGUCCGUAAGAUCGACCUGUUUCUCUUGCCGAAUAUUUGGCUCAUGUACUUGCUCUCUUACAUGGACCGAACUAACAUCGGAAACGCAAAGAUCGCCGGCAUGGCAGAUGAUCUUGAACUCACCUCGUCCCAGUACAGCAUUAUUCUCGUCGUCUUCUUCGUUGGUUAUGUCAUCUUUGAACCGCCGUCCAACAUGAUCCUGGUUCGAACUCGCCCGUCGCUAUACCUUCCUGCCAUCAUGAUUGUCUGGGGCGUGCUCACAUGCAUCAUGUCCGUCGUCCAGAGCUACCAUCAUCUCAUCAUCCUCCGAGUCUUUGUCGGGGUCAUGGAAUCAGGUUUCGCCCCAGGCAUCCUCCUCAUCUUUUCGUCCUGGUAUAAGCGAACCGAGCAGUCAAAGCGAUUUGCCGUCUUCAUGUCCGCUGCCAUCCUAUCCGGGGCCUUUGGUGGUCUUCUUGCAGGCGCAAUUACCGGUGGCCUCGAGGGCGCCCAUGGGAUUCGGGGGUGGCGCUGGCUUUUCAUCGUCGAGGGGGUGGCCACCAUUGGUUGGGCUAUCAUUGCCGCGUUUCUGCUUCUUGACUUUCCGGCCAAUACCAGGCAUCUUACAGACCGUGAACGAGCUAUCGCCAUUGCCAGACUUCAGGAGGAUAGUGUUACCGUAAGGGGCCAGGGAGAAAAGGUCGGCAAGAUGCAGUCGCUUAUCCUCGCGUUGCGAGACUGGCGGACCUGGGGUUUCAUCUUUGGCUACAUGGUCAUUGUCGGUUCCUCGACCCUUUCCUACUUUUACCCGACCUUAGUCCACGGCCUUGGCUACAGCAGCACUGUUCAAGCGCAGUACAUGACGGUUCCCAUUUACGCCGUUGCAUUCGUGUGCACCGCCGUUAGCGGCUACUUCGCUGACAGGAUCUCAAAUUACCGCGGUCUCAUCAUCGCCGGAUGGCUCAGCUUCUCAAUGAUAACAUCUAUUGCAGUUUGUGUCGUCUACAAUUUCACCGCCCGGUAUGCGCUACUUGUUCUUAUGGCUGCAGGACUCUGGGCAUCCAAUGCCAUAUCCCUGAGCUUUGCGGCCUCAACGUUCGGGUCUAUGGACGCCGAGGUUCGAGCUGUCGCGCUAGCGCUUAUGAAUGCUCUAGGUAACCUUGCGCAAAUCUACGGCGCGUACUUGUUCCCCUCUGAUGAUGCACCAAAGUAUCUUAUGGGCUUUGGUGUUAUUUCUGGUAUGUUGGGCUUUGGUGUUUGCGUUUACAUUGUUAUGCAUAUUCUUGUUCGACGGUUGAACCCAUGA